CACGCGUUAGUAGAGAGGGAAUUUAGAGCGAUCGCGUCUUAAAUGAUUGCAUUGAGUGGCAAAAUCGGUGGGAGGAGGAUCCUUAUACUGGAAGGCUGUGGGAGACGAGGUGGAUGUAAAGAAGCCGACUGUUUAUCGCACAGACACACACACACACACACACACACACACACACACACAGAGGCGCUAUUUGUUCUUGAGGAGCUUUGCACAGGUUCCAACAGCGUAGGUCAGCCUGCCACACGCUGCGGCUCCCGGGGAAGAUGUGCGUUGACAAGGAUACGUCCGACUGCCCGCUCUCGGUCUCCGUCUCCUCGGAGGAGAUCCAGACCCUUAGCGGCUCCGUGCCGGUCAGCGACUCGGCGUCCAGCCCGGCGGAGAAAUUCCGGGCGCUGUACCGGCUGCGUCCCCACAUCGCGGCGGGAGUGCUGAGCUUCGGAUACGUGGUGAAUUACAUGGACCGCUACACCGUGGCAGGUGUAUUGGCGGACAUCCAGAAACACUUUGGAGUUAGCGACAGUAAAUCCGGAUUGUUGCCUACAGUUUUCAUCUGCAGUUUCAUGGUGGCCACGCCGAUCUUCGGUUUCCUAGGCGACCGCUUCAACAGGAAGUUCAUCCUGAGCAGCGGGAUAUUCUUCUGGUCGGCAGUCACCCUCUCCAGCUCCUUCAUCACCAAGCCGAACUUCUGGAUGUUUCUCAUCUCGAGAGGUUUGGUGGGGUUCGGCGAAGCCAGUUACUCCACGAUCGCUCCCACCAUCAUUGCCGACCUCUUCACCAAAGACACCAGGACCUGCAUGCUCUCCUUCUUCUACUUCGCCAUCCCACUGGGAAGUGGACUUGGAUACAUUCUGGGCUCCAGCAUGACACAGGCAUCAGGAGACUGGCACUGGGCACUUCGGGUGACUCCAGCCAUGGGCUUUGCAGCUGGGAGCCUCAUCAUCCUGCUGGUGCCAGAGCCGAAGAGAGGGGCAGCAGAUCAGCAUCAGGUCCAGCUCAGGGCCAGCACAUCCUGGAGCAAAGACAUGAAGGCUGUCAUUAAGAUACCGAGCUUCGUGUUCUCCACCCUGGCAUCUGCCUCCGUGUCCUUUGCCACCGGGGUGCUGGGGGUCUGGAUCCCCCUCUACCUGUUCCGUGCAGAGGUGGUGCAGAAGAACAUUGAGCCCUGUACCGUGGAGCCCUGCAGCGGCAGGGACAGUUUGAUAUUUGGUGCAAUCACCUGUGUCACUGGGUUCCUGGGCCUGAUUGUGGGCGUGGCAGCGACACGGUGGUACCGGACAAAAAGCUCCCGAGCCGAUCCCCUGGUCUGUGCGUUUGGAAUGCUCAGCUCGUCCAUAUUCAUCAGCCUGAUCUUUGUGUUUGCCCGCUUCAACAUUGUGGCAGCCUACUUGUGUAUAUUUAUUGGAGAAAUACUCCUCUUUUUGAACUGGGCCAUCACAGCAGACAUCCUCAUGUACGUUGUUAUUCCGACUCGCCGCUCUACAGCUGUGGCCUUGCAGAGUUUCACCUCUCACCUGUUUGGAGAUGCGGGAAGUCCCUAUCUAAUAGGUGUGAUCUCGGACGUCAUCAGGCAGAGUAAGCCCGAUUUGGACCUCUGGGAGUUCCUCAGCCUGGGUUACGCUCUCAUGCUCUGCCCAUUCAUCAUUGUCCUCGGAGGGACCUUCUUUCUGGCCACAGCCCAUUACAUUGUACAUGAUCGGAACAGAGCGCAUCAACAGGUGGAAGAAAUGAAGCUGGUUUCUGUGAAAGUCUGAUAAGGCUAGAACAGGUUCAGCCAGCUCCCAACUCAGCCACCUCAUCUUCAAACCACACCGUGGUUGCAGCAAACAGAACAAAGUCUUUCACCGCCGAGCAACAGGUCCAUCUACUGCCAGGGAAGCGGUGAAUCAUGAGAAGAAUGCCAGGAAUGGCUCAACUAUAAGGAAGCCCUGUUCAUGAAGGGCCGAGCCUACAAUUCCUGUCGUUUUGCUAUGGAAAUCUUGCCGCUAGGGCAUCCUUGCCACCGUGUCUGGUUUUAUUUUUUUUCCCUUCAGUGAGUUUGCGGGUCGAGAUCUGACACGUUUUGGAACAACAGUAAUUUUUUGUCGACCUCGGCUUCAGCACCGUGGGUUACUGUGAUGUGAAAGAGGCACGGGCUGUGGCCGAGACGCUCGUCAUGUUGCUCCUCCGUUGUUGUCACCAAGGGUCAAGGAAAGCCCAUUGUGGAGGUAACCUACAGGACACCAUCAAAUCAGUAUCAUAUAUCACCCAUAGUACGUUAGAGUGUAGUCACACUGAUACACCGGUUCGGUGUGGAGGUGGUGCUAGUACAAACAAUGUUACUUGGUGAAUUAAGCAUAGCAGGAGGUAUUACUGGUUGGAUGAAGUGUUGGCAUUGCAAAGUGACAACAAUGUAAUCACUGGCUUUUGAAUAUGCACUAAAAAUCCCUUGAUGUGAAUAGAGAUGCUCCAAUCUCCAACCUCUUCCUUCUACAGCUACUUAAAAGUUUUAUCCCACUGGGGCAAUGGAAAUGUGAAACUGUGGCGUGAGGGUUAGGGGGCGUGCAGUGUCUGACAGCAUUGUUAGAAGAAAGCAUUCUUCCAUGCUUUUCCCAAAGAAACUUUCCUGUCCCUCCCAUUUCUUUAUUCAUCUCCUGCGAUGUCAUGGGCUGACUGCGGGUGUGAUGGAGCAGCUGAACCCAGAGCUCAGCCUGGUAGCUUGGUGUGCUCGUUCAGAACAAGCAUUGUCAUCAAAUUGACCCGAAUAUUUUGCAUACAAGCCAUUUCCCGAACAAGCCUCUCUGGAAUCUGCUAAUGCUUCUCAAUGCACCAAAUACCUUGUGCAAGGUGUCACCUGCAAAGGUCACUUCCCCAACUCUUGCAUGGUUUUAUUUUUUUUCCCUUCAGUGAGUUUGCGGGUCGAGAUCUGACACAUUUUGGAACAACAGUAAUUUUUUGUCGACCUCGGCUUCAGCACCGUGGGUUACUGUGAUGUGGUUGCUAAGCAUAAUUGCAACAGGAAAAAUUAAAGUCUGAAUGGUCAGACUCCAUCUCACUUACAACAGAUUCAUAACCUUGCGUCACAAUGGCUGAUCAAGAGGUAGGUGUGGGAUAUGAAAGUAGGUUCUGUAAUCAAAUCGUAUUCCCAAUGGAAAUUAAGGAAGUUUCCAUAAGUAUGGUCUCUCACUAUUGUUUUAUGCAGUGCUCUAAUUUUACUAACAAAAAAAAUCUACAUAUUACAAUUAAAUAUACUGCAAAUUUGGAUAUUUACUUAAACACCUAUCAGCAUCUUUAACCAAGGAGAUUAAGCUUUCAUAGGCAUUCUGCUUUUUGGCUUGCCACUGUCCAGAGCAUAUAAAAGUUAACACGCAGACACCAUGCAAUGAAGAGCAUCAUACAUGAAACAUCAAGUCAGAGUGUGAUGUCUCAGUUGUGACUUAAGAUGUUAAAUGGUGUUAAGUGAUGUCUAAAUUAUUAAUAAGCUUCCUUCGACAGGAAAUACUUGUCUUCCAUUUUCUUUGAUUUAUAUCAAAAGAAUCCUUCCACAAAAGGAAUUAUAAUUACAACUUUAUCAAUUUGAAAGUCGUACGUAUAAACUGAUGCUAAGUGUGGUUUAUUCACUUAAAAAUAUGGUGUCACUGUCUCUCUCCUUUCUGCGAGACUCCUAACUGGUAUUGCCUGAUAGUGUCAGCAACUAUAUCCUAUACAAUGGCUGGCUAUAUGCUACAUCUCUUGUGUCAUAUGCAUGUGUUCCUAUACAAAAUCCACUUGCACUGAUCAAGUGUCUGAUAUUUCUUGUUAAACAAGAAUUAUUUUCUAAAAAAAAAUCUAUUUUAUCUGAUUAUUUCAGGUAUAUUUUAUUGUUUAAAGCCAAAGUAUAUAAAUUAUACACAAGGUUGUAGCUAAAUUUAUGUAUAGUCAAGUAAAUUAAAAUAAACUAUUUGAAUGCAACUUAUUGCAUAUAUGUCAUGUUAUUACCUCAUGGCUUCCAAAGCUAACUGCAUCAAUACCCAAGAGCAGAAUAUUUCAUCAUAAGUGCACAUCACAAUUUGUGCUUGCAGCUUUUAUAAAAUCUCGGAAUUAGUUUGAGGGGUUGUGUACGUAACCUCAGACACUCGCAAGUACAAAGAGCCGAAAGGCAGUCUGCAGAAGGUGGUAGGGAGUGCUGUGGGUUGAGAUCCUGUUAAAUCAUGGAAUCAUAGAACAAUACAGCACAAUACAGGCCCUUCGGCCCGCAAUGUUGUGCUGACCUUUAAACCUCACCUAAGACUAUCUAACCCCUUCCUCCCACAUAUCCCUCUAUUUUAAAUUCCUCCAUAUGCUUAUCUAGCAAUCUCUCGAAUUUGACCAAUGUGCCUGCCUCCACCACUGCCCCAGGCAGCGCAUUCCAUGCCCCAACCACUCUCUGGGUAAAAAACCUCCCUCUGAUAUCUCCCUUGAACUUCCCACCCAUUACUUUAAAGCCACGCCCUCUUGUAUUGAGCAUUGGUGCCCUGGGAAAGAGGCGCUGGCUGUCCACUCUAUCUAUUCCUCUUAAUAUUUUAUACACCUCUAUCAUGUCUCCUCUCAUCCUCCUUCUCUCCAAAGAGUAAAGCCCUAGCUCCCUUAGUUUCUCCUCAUAAUCCAUCCUCUCUAAACCAGGCAGCAUCCUGGUAAAUCUCCUCUGCACCCUUUCCAAUGCUUCCACAUCCUUCUGAAGGAAUAAAAAUGCAAGCACUCCUCUGGUCAACUUAAACUCAGUCUGAAGAACAUAAUCCUCCAAUUGCAACUCACCCUUUUAUCAAACUAACUCUUCCCAUAACAGCAUAAAUUACAUAGUAGGCUUGAACUUAAUUUUUCCAUUGAACUUUGAAUUUGCAUCAUCUUCAGUAGAAUGAGUGGUAGGAAGCUGGUGGUCAAUACCUCAAUGAGGAGCAAGAACAGAAUUCACGCAUUAUUCAGCUGUACUAGUGUGGAGAUGUAAUGAAGCAGAAGUAACCAACUUUACUCAAAGCCAAUUGCAAUUAUCUUUCACUGGAUGUAAUGAAAGGUUCAUGAUACCUCUGAAAAUAAUUCCUCAGAACCUUCUGGUCAGAUUACAGACCAACCGUAGCCAGCAAAUCAACCAUUGCCACCACAUCAAUCAUUCAGAUCAGGUUGUAUAACUAUUCUAGGAAGCUAACUUCUCUCUUCUAAAAAUAUUUAUCCUUUGUAAUGAGGGGACCAGUGGCUUCUACACCGCACUCAAGAAAAUCUGCAGGAGGUAGUAAUGAUGCUGCUGACAAACUGUGGACAGAAAUCCACACACAAGCCCACCUGGUAUGGUUCUGGUUUUCAGUCAUGUCAUUAGAUUCUCACAGACUUUGCCACUGUUUUAUAUGUACAAAAUCAAUGUACAUAUGGGAAGUGUAGAGCACAACUUAUUGAGACACAGACAGACUGGGAUUCCACUUCAGGGAGGCACCAGGAAGUGUCUGUACAGACAGGAUGAAUGUCUUUCCAUAAAUAGAAGUGGAUCACAGCCAGAACGCAUGUCU